AUGGCUCCUAGUGAAACUAGUUGGGAUCGCAUUGCACAUACUCGGGCUACACAAAAAAAAACUCAUGUCAGCUUUCCACAACUCAAAUAUCCUUCUCUCAGGGAUUCCGGGCUAAGAGAUCCAGUGCAAUGGCUCAGUGGAAAGGCAUUGGAUGACGGAGCUGAGGGUCUCUGGCGUGUUCAUGAUAAAUUAUAUGAUCUAACGAGUUUUGUUGAAAAACAUCCAGGAGGUGAAGAAUGGUUGGAGCUAACAAAGGGAACUGAUAUAACAGAGGCAUUUGAAUCUCAUCACUUAAAUCCCAUAGUGGAAAAAAUACUCUGUAAAUAUUAUGUUCGAGAAGCAAAAACACCACGUAAUUCCCCUUUUACAUUUAAAGAAGAUGGUUUUUAUAAAACUUUAAAGAAAGAAGUUUAUCAAGAAUUGAAAAAAAAUCAAAAAGAUGAUUCAAAGAAAACCAAUUUAAUAACUGACGGAUUAUUUAUAUCACUUUUAUGUAGUUCGGCUUUUGCGUGUUGGUCUCAAAAUUAUUGGCUAAUACAAUUUUGGUACACGGUUUCAUCUAUAUGUUUGGCAUUGCUCAUUGUUGCUUGUCACAAUUUCAUACACCGUAAAACAAACUGGAGAAUGUUCUUAUUUAAUAUGAGUAUGUGGUCUUACAGAGAUUUCCGAGUGUCACAUGUAUUAUCACAUCACCUUUACACUAACACACUCAUGGAUCUUGAAAUCAGCGCUCUGGAACCAAUACUAUUGUUUAAUCCCAGAAAAGAUAAACCGUUAUAUGCUAGACUUGGAUUUAUUACAGAGUUUUGCUUCUUUCCUUUCAUUUUUAUCAUCAGUUUUGCUAAGAGGUUCUUUUCAAUCUUUUUCCGAGAGGGAUUUUUGAAGAAUCACUAUCGUUGGCAUGACUUGCUCGGUUUCCUCCUUCCUUUAUGGAUGUGGCUAGUUACAGGAAGUCCUUUUACUAAAAUAUUAGUAACGUGGUUAUGGAUUGUCUGUACCGGUAGUUUACUUUUCUAUUUAAUUGGAGUAAACGCUGCUCAUCAUCAUCCCGAUGCCAUAAAAGACGGCGAUCAACCCAGAGACGAAACUCCUGAUUGGGGUGCACAUCAAGUCGAAGCCCUUCUCGAUCGUAAGGACAUAAAUGGCAACUUAUUCACUGUAGUAACGCUCUUUGGGGAGCAUGCACUCCAUCAUCUGUUCCCAACCCUGGAUCAUGCAGUUCUUAAAAACUUGCAUCCCCUGUUUAUAGAAGUAUGUGAGAAAUACAAAGCCAACUAUAGGACGUCAACCCAAUUUCAAAUGGUGAUCGGACAAAUUAAGGAAACAAUGCGCACCCACUUCAAGACUAUUGAUAAUUAA